AUGACCUGUCAAGGAAUGAGACAAAGUAAUUCAAAGAAAGAUUGGCUUUUAUCAGAAGAAGAAUUUAAAUUAUGGAACAGAUUUUAUAGAUUAAGAGACAGUGAUGAAAUUAAAGAAAUAACAUUGCCUCAAGUUCAGUUUCUGUCUUUACCAAAUGAAGAAAUUGAAAUAGGAGAAUGCAGCUAUGAAUUGAAAAUUAAAUCGUAUUUACAAAUGGAAGAUGUAAGCUCAACAUUUAGUGCUCACAGGAACAAAUAUAAUCUUCUUGCCAAUAGCACCUUUACUCAUAACAAGAAAUCUUCAUUUACAAAGAAUAUAAAUGAAGGCAAUUCAUUCUCAAUGACAGAAUCUGGUGAAGAAUGUGCUGAAAUUCUUAAACAAACUCAUAUCAAACCUACUAAAGUUGUUCCUCUAAAGACAAAAGCUUCUAAAAAACUGAAAAAAGAUCAGCCUAAAAAAGAAAAUAAUGAUAUUGUUAUGGAUUCUUUACAUCCUGAUGGCAAUUCUACUGGUGAAAACAUUUUUCAGGUAGACCUAAAUGAUAAAAGAGCAUCAGAUACAGAUGAAGUUGCUGCCCUAUGUGCUGUCAAUGAAAAUGUUGUCAAUCAGCCAUGUGGAUCAUUAACAGAAUGUCAGAUUACAAAUAAAUUUAUUAGUUCAUUUGCUGGACAUUUUUUAGAUUCUGGUUAUAACAGUUUCAGUGAUGAGAAAUCUGUUUUACCUAGUUUCUUUCUUUCAUUUGAAGAAGAGCUUGCUAUACCUAGAGCAGAUGACCAAUUUUAUAAUUGUUAUUCACCAACAAAAGAGGUGCUAGUUAAGGUAGAGAAAUUUUUAUCUCAUUCUCCUCCUUCUCUCAGUAGCCUCUCAAAUUUGGAACAUGAAAUUACUAAGGGUUCUGCAUCCGAAACUUUGUUUUACCUACCUUACACAGAGUAUUUACAAAAGAAUAAAUCUACCUGCUUGAUGUCACAUUCAGCUAUAAGCUCUGGACAUAAUUCAGAAUUGAAUUCAUUUAAAGUUAUUAAUCAUCCUUCUGAAAAAAGUUGCAUUUAUAGUACAACUAAUGGUAAGAUUUUUGAUGACCCGCGCUUCUGUGGCUAUGAUGAUAAAGAGCAUAAAGAUGUUAAAAAUGAAAAUUUAUUAUCCAGCACUCAUACUCCAAUAAAUAUAAGCCCUCCAGAGUAUUUUGUUGAAGAAAACAAUCAUGGUGUUGACAGCAAUGGGAUCCCCAUAUUGCUCACUGAUCAGAACGAGAGUUUACAACUGUUUGAAGAUACGGAGUUUAAUGAUGUGAGCCUUUCUCCCUCGAAUAAGGAAUGUAAAUCUUUAUGUGUGUCAGACAAAACUUUUAUAAGCAAAAUGACACCAGUGUCUCAGUUCUUAAUUUCUGAUGAACUAUUGUUAGACAGUAAUUCUGAACUGCAAGAUCAAAAUAUCUAUGACCCUAAUAGCUGGAAAUCUCAUGAAGAUUUGACAGGUGUACAUGAGGAAAAACUAAAGAGCAAUGAAUAUGUUCAUGACUGCUCUAAGGAUUUAUUUUCUGUGACCUUUGAUUUAGGAUUUUGUAUUCCAGAUUCUGAUGAUGAAAUAUUAGAACAUGUAUCACAUACAAAUAAGAAUAACAUUUUAGAUGACCGAUCUGGAAGGUGUUUAGAUAUCAAGGAGAUAAAUGAUACAAGUUAUGUUUCAAACCAAACCAUAAGACCAAGAGAUCAUGUUGAUAGUUCUACGAGUAGAACCAUUACUGUCUCAUCAAGUGGAGAUAAGCAGAGUCCAACUUCUGCAUAUUUUCCAUUGAGUACAGCAAAAAACAAACAAUUUAUGUCUCCUGGUUAUUCUCAGUUUUCUUUGCCAGUAGGGGAAAAAGUUAUGAGUACACCACUUUCUGAAUCAAACACAUUGAACUCUAAAAAGAGAAAGGAAAUGCCUAGGAUGUUAGAUUCUAAUAAGGGAAAGGUAAAAAUACAAAGUUUCAAAGAAACAUUGAAUUCAACUUUUGAUGAUUCAGGACAUUCUAUAGAAAAGGCUAAAGACACAGAACAAAUCAAUCCACGUCAAUCCUGUAAUUCUGUUGGAGAUGAACAAUUAACAAGCAAUGAAAGUGAAGGUGAUGAGAUUUUCCAAAGAAAGAGUAAGAAAACAAAAGGAAAUAUUUUAGAAUCUCCUGAGGAUCAGAAGCAUAGUGAAAUUGAUUCUCCACUUCAUGCUGUAAAAAAGCACAGGGUUCCUUCAAAGAAAUUAGAAUUAUCAUCUAGUGACGAGAGUGAGGAUUUUCCUGAACAACAUCCACAACUAGACAACUUCAAGGGUCGUAAUAGGAAUACCAAAAGAAGCACCAAAGUCCAAAAGAGACGGAGUCACCUGAAGUUUGUAGCUAGGAAGUUUUUGGAUGAUCAAGCAGAACUUUCCCAAGAAGAUGCAGAAUGUGUUUCAUCAGAUGAAAAUGAUGAGUCAGAAAAUGAAAAAGAUUCCUCGUUACUUGACUUCUUAAAUGAUGAGACUCAACUUUCACAGGCCAUAAAUGAAUCUGAAAUGAGAGCUAUUUACGUGAAAUCUUUGCGUAGCCCAUUGAUGAGCAGUCGAUACAAAAUGGUGCAUAAGGAACACAACAUAAACAUUUUCUCACAGAUUCCUGAGCAAGAUGAAACCUAUUUAGAAGACAGUUUUUGUGUUCAUGAAGAGGAGUCUUGCAAAAGCCAAUCAAGUGAAGAAGAAGUGUGUGUUGAUUUUAAUUUAAUAACUGAGGAUUGCUUUGCAAAUGGGAGUAAAAAAUAUAAAACCCGACGUGCAGUAAAGCUAAAACAAAUGAAGAUGAGACAGAGUGCACGUUCAAAAAAGAAAUUAUCCAGAAUUAUUUUACUGGAUGAUUCAAGUGAAGAGGAAAACAACAUAAAUGAUAAAAGAGAAUCCAUUCUUGUGGUUAACCCAGGCACUAUUAAAAAGAGCAAACAAAGGGACCGUCCUUUGAAUUCGGUGCAUUCUGGGUCAUCCUUACUGCCCAAGGAUCAUUCUAAUCCCAUCAUUACUCAAGUGCUGAAGCAGAAACAACAGACAAUACUUAAUUCAAAGGAUACGGUUUCUGGUAUCUCGGACUCCAAACCUCAGACCCAUAAUAAAAUCGAAUCUGUCUCACCAUCAUUCACUGCUGUUGAUUCACGGAAAGACUGUAGCAAAUCUCCAAUUCAGUUGAAGGCUGGUUGUGCUCUGGAAGAUUCUAGCACUUCAAUAGCUUCCAUUUCUGAUUCAAGACCAUGUUUGGCUGGCACACAUGCUUCUCUUAGACUCCCACAGGAAGGCCAGAGAACGUGUAUUCUUGUAGACAGUCGUGAAAUCACUUCUGGUUCAGAAAUAGUUUCUUCCCUCAGAGCUAUUCAUGGCUUUCAAGUAGAGGUUUGUCCUCUUAAUGGUUGUGAUUACAUUGUGAGUAACCGCAUGGUGGUGGAAAGGAGGUCUCAAUCUGAGAUGUUAAACAGAGACACCACCAGGAUGGUUAAGAGAACAAAGAGCUAUGACAACCUGCUGACUACCUUAAUUGGAGCUGGAAUUCGAAUUCUUUUCAGUUCCUGCCAAGAAGAAACGGCAGAUUUGCUCAAGGAACUGUCUUUAUUGGAACAAAGAAAGAAUGUUGGUAUUCAAGUUCCAGCAGUGAACAGUAAUAAACAUGAAGCUCUUCAAUUUUAUCUAAGCAUUCCCAAUGUAAGUUAUAUAACUGCAUUAAAUCUGUGUCACCAGUUUUCAUCUGUGAAAAAGAUGACUAACAGCUCACCUCAGGAAAUCUCCAUGUAUGCACAAGUAACUCACCAAAAGGCCGAGGAGAUCUAUAGAUAUAUUCACUAUGUAUUUGACAUGCAAAUGUUACCAAAUGGUCUUAACCAAGAUAGACUGAAAUCCGAUGCAUGA